AACAGGGGUGAUGUGAGACCGACGGCUAGUUAUGGUUAAUAACCUGGCCGCUGCAUUUUGAACCACCUGUAGGCGAUUUAAAGCAGAUUGACUGAGGCAGGUGUAGAGGGAAUUAAAAUAGUCUAGACGGGAGAAUAUGAAAGUGUGAAUUAAUAGUUCAAGAUCCGUGGAGGACAGAGCCAGCUGUGUUACUGGGUUCUAUGCCUGUGCUGGGUUUGUCGUCACACGACCAUGGCAUUCAGUUAACUCACGCUUUUUCAGGUCCCAGACAGCAGCAGCAGCAGCAGCAGCAGCAGCAGCAGCAGCGAAACAAGCUGUGAGAACCACAGGCAUGAUGGGAGUCCCUGUGUUCUUUGUGGUGGUGCUCGCAUUCAUCUGUCACAGCCACAGCUUGGAAAUACAAAACCCUCUCUACAGGUUCAAAAGGUCUCAGGAAAACGUCUUCUCAGAUCCCAGUGACUGCGUGUCCAGGAGCAGGCCGCAGGUCAUAACGAACUUUCACAACUUCUCUGUGGAUAUUCGGAUGCCAGGUGUUGUCCCAGCUGGGUCGGACACUUACCUGUGCACAGCAUUUCCUGUGCCAACUAGUCGAGAUGCAUAUAUCGUGGACUUCAUACCUCAUGCCAGUAUGGACACAGUCCAUCACAUGCUUCUGUUUGGCUGCAAGACUCCCGUGUCCACCAGCAGCUACUGGGACUGUGGCACUGUUCAAGGCACCUGUGAGGAUGAAGCAUCCAUUAUGUACGCCUGGGCGCGGAAUGCACCACCCACUAAAUUACCCAAAGAUGUUGGUUUUAAAGUCGGAAGAAGUUCAGGAAUGACCCACUUUGUGAUGCAGAUCCAUUAUGGAGAUAUCAGUGCUUUCAGAGACCAUCAUAGAGAUUGCUCCGGAAUUUCCCUAAGAAUGACAUCCAAACCGCAGCCAUUCAUUGCUGGCAUAUACCUGCUCAUGUCUGUGGACACAGUUAUCCUUCCAGGAAAAAGAGUUACAAAUGCAGACAUCGCCUGUGAUUACACUUCAUAUCCCAUCUACCCGUUUGCCUUCAGGACCCACACACACCACCUCGGUAAAGUGGUCAACGGCUACAGGAUCCGAGACGGGAAGUGGGACCUGAUUGGGAGACAGUCCCCUCAGCUACCACAGGCCUUCUAUCCUGCUGACAGGGAGGUGAAUGUGAAGUAUGGUGACACCCUUGCUGCCAGAUGUGUGUUUACUGGGGAGGGCAGAACCUCCAAAACGUAUAUUGGUGCUACCUCUGGUGACGAAAUGUGCAACUUCUAUAUAAUGUACUACAUGGACAGCAAACAUGCCAUCCCCUACAUGAGCUGCAUGUACACCGGCUCCAAAGAACUGUUUCAGCAUAUUCCAGCUGAGGCCAACGUUCCCAUCACUGUAGCUCCAGGUCAUAUGCACUCUAUGAUGCAUAUGGGGCCCUCAACAGAUCAUCAAGAUAACAGAUUGCUGACGACUAAAAACAAAGCAGAGCAGGUUCCGGAUCAUGGUGAUCUCUAUUCUCUUAUGUCCAAGCUGCUAGGCCAGAGCAAUGACGUAGUUCACAUUCAUAAGUACAACCCCAGUGAGAUGCAGAGAGCUCAGUCUGAGUUGGUGGCUCAGAUCGAUAGCUUAAUGCAAAACAAAGACCUGGGCUCUCCCAGUGCCAGACUAGCCUUCCAAACCAGGGAUGAUCCCGUUUUGGUGAGGGACAGAAUCCACAAAUUCCAUCAGCUUGGGGCCACGGCCAAGCCGCCAAGAAGCAACGUGCUAGCUGAAGACUACCAUUUGGAGCAGGUCUCAGCGUGGCCUCAGAGCUCUCUCCAGUUGGGUCAGGUGUCAGGACUUGCCCUUGACUCGGAUUCUAACUUGGUCAUUUUCCACAGAGGCGACCACCACUGGGGUGCCGACUCUUUUAACAACCAGGCCAGAUACCAGCAGAAGUCCCUCGGUCCUAUUCAGCAGUCCACUAUUCUGGUUGUGGACCCAGUCAAAGGCAACAUCCUGAAGGCUUCUGGCAGAGACAUGUUUUAUUUGCCUCAUGGGAUAACUACAGACAAGAAGAAUAAUUACUGGGUCACCGAUGUGGCUCUUCAUCAGGUGUUAAAAGUGAGCAGCGACGGCAGAGACGAAACGCUGCUGGCACUGGGAGAGGCUUUCACGCCAGGAAGUGACGAGAACCAUUUCUGCCAGCCCACUGAUGUGGCUGUAGACACUGAGACUGGGAACAUCUUUGUGUCUGAUGGCUACUGCAACGCCAGGAUAAUGAAGUUCUCUGCUGAUGGCAAAUACCUGUCUGAGUGGGGUGCAGGUUCGUCAGACAGGAGGAAGCGCACGCCCUUCCAGCUCCCCCACAGCCUCGUGUUCCUUCCCGACAAACAGGAGGUUUGUGUGGCCGACAGGGAGAAUGGGCGUAUCCAGUGCUUCAUAGCCAAAACUGGAGAGUUUGUCAAGGAAAUAAAGAAAGAGGAGUUUGGAGGGGAGGUGUUUGCCAUCACGUACAGCCCUGCUGGAGAUGGCUUGAUCUUUGCAGUAAAUGGGGAAUCUCCCUAUGGUUCAGCUCCACUCAGAGGUUUUGUAAUAGAUUAUUCAACCAUGGAUAUUUUGGAUACCUUCAGCCCAGAGAAAAAGGAGUUUAAAAUGCCUCACGACAUAAUCGAAACCAAGGAUGGCAGCGUCUUUGUCGGGGAUGCAGGCAGUAAAACAGUCUUCAAGUUCACCACCGAGAAGUUACAUCGCUCCGUCAAGAAAGCUGGAAUCGAGGUUCAAGAACUUGAAGAGAUGGAGGCGUUUGUCCAAACUAAAGUGAGGCCGGAGCACAACAUGUCCAAGACAGCAGCCAUCCAAGAGAAGCAAACUGCGGCUCUACAGCCUCAACCACAGAAAGAGGCAAAAGAGGAGGAGGAGGAGGAGGAGAAGAAGAAGAGUGCACCAAAGCCAAAAAAAGAGCAGGGUGUACUCCCAGCCAUUAUCACCACCCUGCUACUCAUCCCUCUACUGCUGGUCAUCUCCAUUGGAGUCUUUAUCUGCUGGAGGAAAAACAACCGAAGUGAGGUGAAAACCGAACCCAGCUCUGUGGGAGGGCUCUUUGGAAAAAUAAGAGGUAAAGCUGUGGGCAGUCUGAACCUGGGGAACUUCUUUGCAUCCCAUAAGGGUUACACUCGUCAGGGCUUCGACCAGCUGAGCACCGAAGGCAGCGACCAGGAGAGGAUCGGGGAGGACAGCAGCGACUCGGAGAACGAGGAGUACUCCGCUCUGCCGCCACCUCAGUCCUCCUCGUAGACACUCUGGGGCCAGCCACCAACCUUCUGCUUACAUUGCCAAGACGUAUGUUUAUUCAUCAUGUGUGUAACUGUUGUGUUAGCUGCCAAUCUUAUUGUUUAUAUAUUUAAUAUUAUGGUGUAUAUAAAAAAUAAUAUAGAGUAUUCUUUAUUUAAUUUAGCGGUGGUCUUGAUACAGCCUUGGUGACACGAUUCACAUAUAUGAAAGAUUGUUUUUUUCUCUAAUCAAACUAGCAUUUAGUGAAAUUAUAUUAGCACAAUCACCCGGACAAAUGUUUGAAAUAUCUGGUGUCAGAUUCAGCCUUAAGACGAGACCAAAUCUGCCAACGAGCUGAGGUUACGCUACUUUUUAAUUCGUUCAGUUUCACUUGUUUCAGGGAUUUUCUUGAAAUGAGCAUCAGGAACUUGAAAAAAAAAGUCUAUGAAAUUCUUGAAAUACGUUUUUUUUGUAUUGGAAACAGGUCAAAACAAAAUCCAAGCCCAAUGCUGGAUUUUAUAUUUUAACUCAUGAAAAAAUAAGCCAAACUUCACUGAAUGACUUUUUCAGAUGGGGAACAUUUCUGUGUCAAGUAUUUCACAGUUAUUCAGUUGAUGUUUUUUAUUUUUUAAUUUGUACUCAAAGCCAAAUCUUAAGGUCUCUGAUUUCAUGGCGCAGCACUAUGACCGGCACAAGCAGCACUGCGACAGUUUGGUAUUUUCCUAACCGUGAAAACACGCAAUUCAAAUGAUUAUGAUUAUUUAAAUAUUUGCUUUGAUUAAUAAUUAAUUUUAAAAAGAAAAUGUAUAUUGCUGUGAAAACAUCUCCUUCAAACAACGGGAUUUAAUCAAGUUUCUCAAGCCAAAAAACUUAAUUUUACGAGAUUACAUUUCAACACAUCGUGAUAACGUUGUAAUUUACCUUCUCCAAAUUGUCAUUUUCUCUGAGUAGAGCUUGAACGCACCAUAAUGUAACUCAAUGGCACAUCCGUUAACGUUGGUUGCUCCGUUAUUUAACCACGCAGGACUGUGCUGCCCACUGACUUCUAACCGUUAACGUUACUAACUCUCCUCCUGUUGAUUUCAACACAGAUUUGUUGUUCACAGUGUCGCAUUAUCAGGGAAACAAUAGGGUGCGUCUCCUCAGAUUUACUAGUAGUAGCCUCGGGGGUUUUUUUCUCUCCACCGUGGCUCCGGUCCCAAACAAACUGAAACACGAUACAGUGUGCGUAUGCAUCAUUGUGCAUGCGUAACUGUUGGAAAGCAUCAAUACAGAGGAAUCGAUAGUCAUGGAGGCAUGAGAUGCCAAGGAAUCAGACAACUAAUAACCUGUACUUAGCGGGAACUGGUUCUCUAUUCCCAUCUCUAGUGUUUACGCUGUCUGCCAAAGUAACAGAUGUUCCUGACAAUUUUACCCGCCGCAGCCAACAAUUUACCCGCAUUUGGCGUUUGGCAGGUGCUAAUUUCAGACUCUGGAUGUGGCCAUUUACAUCCUGAGAUACAGUAAAGACUGAAAUUGUGUCCGAUGUGAUCAUGUAAAUGGUUUCACCAAACCAUUUACCACUUUUUUUAAAAAAUGAUUUCUUUCUAUUGUCAUUGUAGUAAUUAUCUGCCCUUUUGCACUUUGCGCUGCUGCACAUACAUUCCCCAAAGUCGUAGAGUGAGCUCGGAGACGCCCGUCCAGUCCGUGGUCCCCGAGACCUACUGUACCGCUUUGCGCUGGUCGCUGCUCCAUUAAACAGAGCCCCAAGAAGAAAAACAGAGAACUGCUGUUGGCUGUUUAUUUUGUUGUUUUGGAGUCAAAACUGGACAUAAAUAUAGUGUUUUUCAUGACAUCUCAAUAUCUCAGUAAGAAUUCAAUUAAACAGAAUUAUGGAAAUUUUUAUUGUGAUCUUAAAAAUGAAGUUUUAAUAGCACUGAUAGACUAUACCGUACCGUAUAGACUGUUUAGUUUAACUGGAAAAGUGCAUCCUUCCGUACAUAAAUCUCUUCCAUGUAGUAAACCUACACACAUUUUCAUUAUUAUUACAACAUGUUUCAGUUCGGUAACAUUUCACUUGUAAUUUUGUGCCUUUUUACGUCUGUAUUUUGCCUUUUAUUCAGCACCUGCCAUUACAUAAAUGUACCAUGGGAUGAAAACAGCUGCUGCUAGUAGAGCUUGUAGUAUAUAUUGAUUUCUCUUCCUUUCAAAUGAUCGGAUUAUUACAUAUAUAUAUGUAUAUGUAUAUUUAUAUCUGUAUGUAUGUAUGCAUGUGUGCGUGUACGAUGCCAAUCAAACAGCCAAGUCUCAAGCACUGUAACUAUUACGUCAAAUUCACGAACUUCAGGAAAUAUUCAGAUUUGAGAAGCUGAACCUUUAGCAUUUUUUUUGCUUAAAUUAUUCAUUUUAGAAAUAGUUGAAGAUAUGUUUCUUUUUAAUUCAUCCAUCCAUCCAUUUUCUAUUCCGCUUAUCCGGGUCCGGGUCGCGUGGGCAGCAGGCUUAGCAGGGACUUCCAGACGUUCCUCUCGACAGCAACGUUUUUCUUUAAAUGUACAGGUUCAGCAGCUGUUCAAAAGUCCAUUACACAGUUAAUACAAUUUAGUACUUUGCUUGAGAUUUAACUUAAAAUAAAAAAAAAUUAUUAAUUGAUGAAGUUUUGAUUUGAUCAAUUAAUAAUUUAUAGGGAUGAAUGGAAAACUGAGAAUAUGGUCAGUAAACACUCAAACCUACAGAGUACGUCAUAGGUUGUCAAUAACAGGAAGUUAUUCAGUGAAAUCUGAAUCAAGCACAUGAGUAGCCCUAAUACCAAUGCAGCGUUUAAAAGCUAAUUCACAGCACAUACCUCAUCAAAAUACACAGAGGAGAAUAUAUAUGGUGGGAUGACAGAAUAUUUUCCGUUUUAUUCUGUAUUCUCAGGUUUCAUUUAAUUUCCUUGAUCUUAAAUUUCAUCCUGUAUUCUCAGACCCUUCAUCAAAUAUUUCUUGUUUAUAUCUAUUACAUCCACCAUAUCUGCAUUUGCCGUACAGUUUGUAUGAAUGAUUUACUUAACGGCAUGCCAUAGAAAAUUGCAUUUCCGAUGUUGCUGUCAUAUGUGGGCUAUCUGAUAUUUAUUUUCACACACUGGUUUUGCUGCAAGAGUAACUAUUUUCAGUAACUAUGUUAUUUGUGUAAUAAAGUAUCUGCAAAGCA